UUUACCCACCAACAUCAUAUAUCAUUAUUCCUUUUUAAACAUACAGAUGUCUGGAUCUGCUUUAAGGAGAUUGAUGGCCGAAUAUAAGCAAUUAACUAUAAACCCUCCAGAAGGGAUUAUUGCAGGCCCUGUUACAGAAGAUGAUUUUUUUGAAUGGGAAGCACUUAUAAUUGGACCACAGGGAACACCUUUUGAAGGUGGAGUUUUUCCAACCAAACUAUUUUUUCCAACUGACUAUCCACUAAGUCCCCCUAAAAUGAUUUUCACAUGUGAUAUGUUCCACCCAAACAUUUAUAAAGAUGGUAAAGUGUGCAUAUCAAUAUUACAUACACCUGGAGAUGAUCCUAUGGGGUAUGAAUCUAGUUCUGAAAGAUGGAGCCCAGUUCAGAGCAUAGAAAAAAUUCUUCUAUCUGUUAUUAGUAUGUUGGCUGAACCUAAUGAUGAAAGCGCUGCCAACGUCGAUGCUGCCAAAAUGUGGAGGGAAAAUAGAAACGAAUUCAAGGAAAAGGCUAAAAGAAUUGUUAAAUCUACACUCGGAAUUGCGUGAUAUAAAAUAUAUAAUAUUACCGAUAAUCAAAUCACCAUUUCAAUUUACUCUUGACUAUAUAUUUUUUGUUUUAUUUUUUCGCUAAAUACACAUGAAUAUUUUUAAAAAUUUGAGUAAGUAGACCGUAUCCAAGUAACAAUGUUCACAAUAUUUAUGUAUUAUUAUGAUCAUAUACUAUUAUCAGCGAUAACAAUUUUUCUAGACGUUACUCUUUUGCCAUUUUGUUGAUCCGAUU